AGAAAGUUUAGUAGUAAUAAUAGUGAUAGCAGAGUUGAGUUUUCUCUCUCUGUGUUAAGUUGUCUUCUCUCUCAUAUAAAGGGAAAAAAAAGAAAAAAUGAUAACUGGAGUGAAUGAUAUGGGUUGGAUUGAUGGUAAGGAGGAUGGAGGAACUGGUUCUUGGGUUAAUCAGAACAAUGAAAAUCAUCAACAGAACAAUGGUGGUUUUCCCAAUGAAAAUCAUCAGCUGAACAAUGGUGGUUUUACUAAUUUCCAAGGUAUGGUUGAUGAUGGAGGUGUGGAUUGGUUUAUGGGUGGUGGUGAUAGUAACAAUCAUCACAUCAACAACAACAACAACAAUGGUGGUGGUGGUGGUGGUGGUAGCAACAUGCAGAGCCACAUUUCUUACUCUACAAGUUUCACUGAAGCUGAAAACAGUUUGCUUCUGCAACCUGUUGAUUCUUCAGCUUCCUGCUCGCCUGUUUCUGGUAACGUUUUCAACAACAUUGACCCUUCUCAGGUGAACUUCUUCAUGCCCCAAAAAUCUACUAUUCCUUCUUCACUCACUGGGUUAUCCAACAACCCAAUGGAUAACAGCUUCAAUUUGGGUAUGUUGAAUCAAGCUGGGAACGGGAUGAUGAAUACUGGGUAUCAUCAUCUGGGUUCACCAAACCAAAUGGGGACGAACAACCUGAGUUCUUAUACUCAGUUUUCUUCUCCCAAUCUGCUCCAGCUACCUCAGGUAGCUGGUGGGUACAGUUCGAUGGGAUUUGGGGCUAACAAUUCUGCUAAUGGGAACACUUUGUUUCUCAAUCGGUCUAGAACUCAUAAACCUUUAGACAAUUUUGCUUCCAUUGGAGCACAGCCAACUCUUUUCCAGAAAAGGAUUGCAAAGAACUUGGUUAGUAAUGGUGAAAAUUUAGGUACAGAAAUCGGUCAAUCUUCCAGUAAUCUGACUGAUAAAAAAAGGAAGUCCAGCAUGAAUGAUGAGUUUGAAGAUGUUAGCAUGGAUGGAACAUUGAAUUACGACUCGGAUGAGUUCAUGGAUAUCUCUAACAAAAUGGAAGAUGGGAUCAAGAUUGGGGACAGCUCUAAUGCAGCCAGCACUGUCAGUGGCGCUGAUCAAAAGGGAAAAAAGAAGGGACCUCCAGCUAAGAACCUGAUGGCGGAGCGACGCCGCAGAAAGAAGCUGAAUGACAGGCUUUACAUGCUGCGAUCGGUUGUCCCAAAGAUAACCAAGAUGGACAGGGCUUCAAUCUUAGGAGAUGCAAUUAAGUACUUGAAGGAGCUUCUGCAUGACAUCAAUGAGCUGCAUAAUGAGUUGGAGUCCACACCAGCUAACAACUCUUCAUUGAGUCCCGCAACCAGCUUCCAUCCUCUGACACCGACUGCAUCAGCUCUGCCAAGUCGUAUAAAGGAGGAACUUGUUCCAAGCCCCCUGUCCAGCCCUACUGGACAACCUGCUAGGAUUGAAGUGAGGGUCAGGGAAGGAAAAGCGGUGAACAUUCAUAUGAUCUGCAGCCGCAAACCAGGGGUUUUACUCUCAACAAUGAAGGCUCUGGACAGUCUUGGACUGGACAUUCAACAAGCUGUUAUCAGCUGCUUCAAUGGGUUUGUGUUGGAUGUGUUCCGAGCUGAGCAAUCGAACGAAGGUCAAGAGAUGCAUCCAGAUCAGAUCAAAGCUGUGUUGAUGGAGACUGCUGGCUUUCAAGGGGGGACGAUAUAAGCUGCUCGAUCUAGUAUACGAAGGAGAGGCUCUAUCGAAGAUUUUGGACCUCAGGGUGCUAUAGCUUUUAGACCUCAAGACUUUAUUAGUUUACUUGUGUUUUCAUGUUAUUAGAUGGUUACAGACCAUGGUGGUCCGAACCGGGUUUUGUCCUUUUUCUUUUUUAGUCAGUUAUAUUGGUGUUUUCUUUAGGAGAAACAUUGAGCUUAUGAAGCUCCAAAACUGAAUGCUAUGAAAUUCCUUUCAACAAGUUCCUUGUC